GGAAGGGAGGAGCUGCGGCUGCAAGUGAAGGGCCUCGGGGUCCACCCAGUCGCAGCCUUGUCACAGCCCAUGCCCUGUGCAGUGAGAAGCAUCCCCAGCUGGUGCUGCCGUGAUGCUGCUGUGCUGUCUCUGGGUACCGAGGGUCCUGGUGCUGCUGGCUCUCAUCGUCAUAUCCAGGAGCGCCAAGGAAAAAUCAUGUAGUAUUCCAGAAGAACCAUCAAAUGGAAGAAUUAUUAUGACAGAUGCCUUCCUUGGAUCAGCAGUGACCUACAGUUGUAACGAAGGGUACAGAUUGAUUGGAAAGGAUCAAAGGCGAUGUGAGAUUUCUGACAAGACUGUUAGAUGGAGUGGUGAUGUACCCAUUUGUCAAAAUAUUCCUUGUCUUCCACCUCCAGAUAUCCCUCGUGGGAGGCACAGCGGCACAUUCACAAGUGACUUUGUUUAUGGGUCAGUUGUGACUUACACGUGUGACAAGGGAUACACACUCAUUGGAGAGGACUUUAUUUACUGCACCACGAAGGAUGAGAAAAAUGGGGAGUGGAGUGGGCCUGCCCCGGAGUGUCAAAAGACAGGGAAGCAGUGCUUGUAUCCUCCAGCCAUCGCCAAUGGGAAGCACAGCGGCCAGGGCCGCGUUUUCACCAUUGGAACAUCUGUCACUUACUCCUGCGACCCUGGCUACACUCUGAUGGGAAGGGCACAGAUUAAUUGUACAGCAUCCAAAUUUUGGACCGACCCCAUCCCCCACUGUAAAGUUUCAUCAGCUGGUUGUAGAGCCCCAGAAGUUUGGCAUGGAAAUAUAAGUGACUUGAAACCUGCCUACAGCCCCGGAGAGACUCUUCUGGUUGAGUGUGAUCCUGGAUACACCCUGAAGAGCACGCAGGAGGCUCAGUGCCAAGAUGAUGGCACGUGGGCUCCUGCAGUCCCCGUCUGUGAACCAGUUUCAUCAGCUGGUUGUAGAGCCCCAGAAGUUUGGCAUGGAAAUAUAAGUGACUUGAAACCUGCCUACAGCCCCGGAGAGACUCUUCUGGUUGAGUGUGAUCCUGGAUACACCCUGAAGAGCACGCAGGAGGCUCAGUGCCAAGAUGAUGGCACGUGGGCUCCUGCAGUCCCCGUCUGUGAACCAGUUUCAUCAGCUGGUUGUAGAGCCCCAGAAGUUUGGCAUGGAAAUAUAAGUGACUUGAAACCUGCCUACAGCCCCGGAGAGACUCUUCUGGUUGAGUGUGAUCCUGGAUACACCCUGAAGAGCACGCAGGAGGCUCAGUGCCAAGAUGAUGGCACGUGGGCUCCUGCAGUCCCCGUCUGUGAACCAGUUUCAUCAGCUGGUUGUAGAGCCCCAGAAGUUUGGCAUGGAAAUAUAAGUGACUUGAAACCUGCCUACAGCCCCGGAGAGACUCUUCUGGUUGAGUGUGAUCCUGGAUACACCCUGAAGAGCACGCAGGAGGCUCAGUGCCAAGAUGAUGGCACGUGGGCUCCUGCAGUCCCCGUCUGUGAACCAGGUUCCCAUACCAUUGUCCUACAAGUCUUUGGAACCUUAGGGGCAGCGUUGCUGUUUGUCCUUCUGGCCGUGAUCGGGAGAAUUAUUUGCCGGAAGAAAGAUGGCAAAUGCCAUGCAAAUGCAAAUACACCACCCAAUGCUGCUGACACAACCAAACAGGAAUCUUCAUUUGUUCUGUAGGAGUUGCUGGGAAUUGCAUGGAAGCAUUUCUGUCCUAUUCUCAGAGGAAUUUAUGCACUUAUCCGGACCUGCUACAAGAGAAGGUGGAAAGCUUUGCAGUUCUACUAUGGAAUGGGACUUCUGCCGUUUCCUUGGAUAAACUGCUGCAGGAGUGUUGCCAAGUUCAGCCGUUGCACAGCACCAGUGUAGCUCUUCAACUGAACUCCCUUGUGCGUGCCUGCUGCUUGUCCACAAACACUUGUUGCCUGCAGAUUUCUGAGACUGGUGAGGCACACUGGGGCAUCAAGGAGUUACCAGAUUUCUCCAAACUGUUGCUGAUCUAAAAUGCUUUGAAAUCUGCUGAUGAUAGUGCUCUUCCAGACAAAAAUGUAUUCAGAAUAAUUAUUCUCAAAGCAGUGUAAUUUAAGGGACACUAUUCUGGAAUAAUGACUAUCUCUGUGUGUAUAGUAAUUAGUCAAAAGACUUCUGUUGUAAAAUGGGGGGUGUCAACCGGGGAUACACGUACCCCUGGGGGUACUUGGCAAGGCCCCAGAGCGUACAUGGCAAUGGCGUGGAGAAGUGGGGGUACUUGGGAAGCGCUGAGGCUUCCUCGCGCCCGAGUACACACCGCCAGGGGGGCCCCCUCACUGCCUGCUUGUUGACUGGCUGUGGAGGGACCCCCCUGCUCACUGCCUGACCCCCAGAAGGGGAUACAGUCGGGGGUGGGGGGGAGGGGGGAACCAACCA